AACUGUAAACAGGGUGGCCGUUCAAUCCCCCUUCCUUAUGGUGACUGCUGUGCCGAACUGGCCUCCGUGUCCAAUCCUCUGGCACUGGGCAGUGCCCGGGAGGCCAGCUGGCAUUCAGGGUUUGCUUAAAUGAUCUCAUGGAUAAUAUGGAGGGGGCUGGCACCAGGACUGUCCUUAGCUGUGCCUCGGGGUGUGCAUGGGGUCAGUGACCCCAAGACUGACCUAUCUUGGUUCUGAAUCCAGACAGAAUCAAUCCUCAACUGGGAUCAGGUGUUCUGCCCUCCCUGUCCUGAGAGCCCAAGGUGAGGUGUCUGGACGCGCCCUCAUCGACAUUGGUUCAGGCCCCACCAUAUACCAGCUGCUCAGCGCCUGCGCCCACUUUGAAGACAUCACCAUGACUGAUUUCUUGGAGGUGAACCGCCAGGAGCUGGGACUCUGGCUGCGAGAAGAGCCCGGGGCCUUCGAUUGGAGUGUCUACAGCCAGCACGUCUGCCUCAUCGAGGGCAAGGGUGAAUCCUGCCAGGAGAAGGAGCGCCAGCUGCGAGCCAGGGUGAAGCGGAUCCUGCCCAUCGACGUGCACCAGCCCCAGCCCCUGGGCACCGGGAGCUUGGCGCCCCUGCCUGCCGAUGCCCUGGUCUCUGCCUUCUGCCUGGAGGCUGUGAGUCCAGACCUGGCCAGCUUCCAGCGGGCCCUGGACCACAUCACCACACUGCUGAGGUCUGGAGGGCACCUGCUCCUCAUCGGGGCCUUGGAGGAGUCGUGGUACCUGGCUGGGGAGGCCAGGCUGGCAGUGGUGCCUGUGUGUGAGGAGGAGGUGAGGGAGGCUCUGGCACGUAGCGGCUACGAGGUGCGGGACUUGCGCACCUAUGUCAUGCCGGCCCACCUUCGGACAGGCGUGGACGAUGUCAAGGGCAUCUUCUUUGCCUGGGCCCAGAAGAAGGUGGGGGUGUGAGGCCCCAGCACACCCAGUGCCGGCAUCCCUCACCCACGCCGAGUCCCUGUUAUCUGAGGUGACGUCUAAUAAAGAAAUAAGUCCCUGCA